GACGGUCCAAAACAUCCGGAUGUAUUUCACGAAAAAUCCAACUGGUCUUCACUCCCUCCCCAAAACCCCUUCCCCCAUGUCUGAUCGACCAUCGAAAAUCGUUCUCCGUGUUUUGGAGACUUUCGUCUCCGGCUGACUUCAUCGUCUCCGGCGCCUGUAAUCACCUCAGCGCAGAGGUUUAAUUUCUUAUUUAUAAAAUGACUGGGUUGGAUGAAGACAAUCCGCUGAUUGGUUUAAUUAGUGAAGAACAGUACCUUGAGGAGAAUAAUGUUGAAAAUGGGGAUUUGCUCUGUAAUUCGAAAGACAGCAGCUCAAGCCUGGAAACUGAAACCGCUUCACCUAAAGAAGAGGAUGAUCUAAAUGAAGAUGACCGCUUGCAGUCCUCAUCCAGUUAUGAAUCUGUUGGUGCUGCUUCUGAUGCGGAUGAAAGUGUUACUGAGACAUCUUCGCCAGAUUCGUCGACUAGGAUGGCUUUGGUUGGAGGAGUGUCAUCAGACCAGUGCUACAAUGGAUGGAUGGCUGCUGGAGUACAGGAGAUUUUAUUUGAACCAGAUUUUGUAGCUUAUCAGAAAGUUUAUUCUACAGUUUGUGAGUUGAUAUUUUCAGCCAGUUGCAUUGAAGCGAAAGGUGUAGCUGCACAUGGUGACAGAGAAAAUUUCCACAUUUACUUGAAAAUAGAUGAUAUCGUUGAAAUUGAAUCUCAAUGGCUUGGAAGGUUUCAGACAGCUAGGGUGAAAGUUCGUGCAGUUUCAGAACGUUUAGGGGCUGAAAAUAAUAAUAUUUAUUCAGGAAUUAAGAAGUUGGAGUUUGCAGUUACUGACGUUUGCUGGUAUCAGAAAUGUGAGGCAAUUCGAUCUUUGGAUCUGAGAUAUAAUGCUUUAUGGAAGGUCGUAGUCGAUACUGAGUUGGAAGAAUAUGGGGAGACAUUGGGACAAUUAACUCUGCCAUUCCGAAGUAGCUACUUUCCAGAUUUCAAGCCUUUUGAAGAUUUUAUCUACCCAGAAGGGGAUGUUGAUGCUGUCUCCGUUAGUAAAAGGGAUGUUGACCUACUACAACCUGAUACAUUUGUCAACGACACUAUAAUUGAUUUCUACAUUAAAUACUUGAAGGACAAAAUGCCGCCUGAGAAGAGGCAAAGAUUUCACUUCUUUAAUAGCUUCUUCUUUCGGAAACUGGCUGACUUGGACAAAUAUCCUUCUGGGUCUUUUGACGGCAGGGCUGCUUUUCUCCGUGUCCGCAAGUGGACAAGAAAAGUAAACCUAUUUGAAAAGGACUUUAUAUUCAUUCCUGUUAAUCACAGUUAUCAUUGGAGUCUACUGGUAAUAUGUCAUCCUGGUGAAGUGGCUAGCUUCAGAGAUGAAGAUGCUCAGAAAUUAGCCAGAGUUCCAUGCAUAUUACACAUGGAUUCGAUUAGAGGAACUCACGUGGACCUUAAGGACCGAGUUCAAAGCUACUUAUGGGAGGAGUGGAAGGAGAGACAAAUGGAAACAUCUGAAGAUAUCUCCUCAAAGUUUUCAAAUAUGAGAUUUGUCUCGCUUGAGCUUCCACAGCAGCAAAAUUCAUACGAUUGUGGUCUCUUCUUGCUCCACUAUGUCGAGCAGUUUUUGGAGGAAGACCCAGCUAAUAUCAGCCCAUUCAAGAUAACAACACUUUCAGUGUUUCUUGGUGCAUAUUGGUUCCCAUCAUCUGAGCCUUCCCUCAAGCGACGCGAUAUCCAAAAGUUGAUUUAUGACCUCCUUGAGAAUCACUCUGAAGAAAGUUCUCCAGCUAGUAGCACUGACAAGUGCUAUCCUCGUAAAAGUCCCAAGGCUGGAAAUGCCAGAGAGUUUCUUCCAGAGAGCUCUGGCACUUCAAAGGGUUAUAGUGUUAAUUUACUCUGUACUCAAGCUCAAAAGGGUGUAGAGAUGGCUCUAUUCCCAGCUUCUUCUUUAAGGGCUUCUUGUGCAGAUGAUUCUGGCAUGGCUUCAAGGGAUGCUUACAACUCUGGAUCUGCUGCAGGAUCCUUAAUUGAGUUGCAGUAUCAAGCUUUCGACAGGAUGGCAUCCUUCAAUGAGCUUAAGAGUGCUAUGGCUUCGUUACAGUGUUGCCAGGAAGAUGGCCUUCAGCAUCUUGGGGGAAUAUCAACUGAAGCUUGCAAUUACCCAUGUCCAUCUAGAGACUUCAAAAAUGAGGUUUCUUGGGACCAAGAGAUCCCUAUGCAUCAAACUCUGCAGGGGAACCAUGAUUCAGUGCCAGUAGCAUCUAUUUGUGGCACUGAGAAAUCAUUAGAUGGAAGAGUUGAUGAAAAUUUUCAAGUUACCAGAGAACUCAGUUUUGAUAAGGAAGGGAACCUAACUAAUAAAUCAACAGAAAAUGUUCAGGACUUGACAGAUGGGUUAGCAUCUGCUCACAGCAAUAUGCUGGAAAUUGCUGACCCUCGUUCUUCUUUUCAGAGCUUUGAUCAACAUGAUAAUUCUGAUGCUCUCAAAGCUUGCGCAAAGAUUCUUUAUGAAUCUUUCAAUGGAGGAAAUGGUGUAGAUAGAAAUGGGGGCACAACAAGUAAUGAUGUUGAUGAUUUGGCAUUUGAAUCACAUGUGGAGCAUGCUGCAAAAAAACUGCGUCUUACACCCAUUUCCGAAGAAGUUACAAAAGGCCUGCCUGAGGAUUUUUGUCUGUAAAUUCCCCUUAGCAACUGGAGUUCUCAUCUUUUGCAGUUUCUUCACUUUCUUCGUAACCAAGAACCCUCAAAAAAUUCUGGAUUAGUUAGCAAUGUGAAUAGAUUAGUGAUGCUGGCAUUUUGUGAGUGAUGCUUCGGAUGGAUGUCAAAACUUUUGGAGAGAAAUGAUACAUUUCAUAAUGAUUCGAAGGGCAUUUCAAUGCUUUUUUUUGGGGUGCUUAUUUCGCUACUAAUGUUAGUAUCAAAAACUGCAGUUGUAUA